UGCAACUCUUAAAAUUGCCCUGAAUAUAUGCUCCAAUUAGCAGCAGUCACAAGUGGGUUGUUAAAGAAAAAGUAGAGGUAGUACAAAGUCGUUUAAGAAUAAGUUACAUAAAAUAAACACGUUUUUGAUUGGCUGUACAUUAUUAUUUUUUUCUUUUUAUCACAAAUUCCAGGAAUAAGAAGGUCAAGGAGUAAGGCUGCCAAUCAAGAACAAAAUCCCUUUAAACAAUUGACCCAGGUGUGCGUGUGAGGAUGUAAAUGAAGUCCUAUACUCGAGUCUCCAGGGCGUGAUAUAUUUUGCCUAUUUCACAUAGCUCAGACUGCUAUGGGCUAUUUCCCCCUCAAUGUACAAGGAUCGGAAACGUUGGCUGCAUACAUAGGUCACUAUGAAAAGUUUGGACACAGACUGCGCUCUGGUCCAUUAUUUCACUUCCAAGAAACACACUCGACAGCUUCCUUUCUGAUUCGCUGGGCUUAUCGGUGUUGCUGGGAGGGCUUCAUUUGCUUCCACACACACGGAUUUUGUUUCUUGAUUUAGUGUAUCGCAAAACUUUAGUAAUGGCCCACGUAUUAGAGUCACCUGGGGGAACUUUUAAAUAAUGGCUCUCAAACUUCAGUGUGCAUCAGAAUCGCUUGAAGGAUCUAGUAGCUCAGCCCUAAUCACAGAGUUUAUGAAUCAGGUAGUCUGACGUGCAGGAGAGAAUUUGCAUUUCUAUCCAGGUUUUCAGGUGAUACUGACGCUAUACUUUGAGAGCCACAGUUUCAAAAUAUAAGAAUUUCCAGGCCCCACCUCUAGACUGAUUCCAUCAGCGUGAGGAUGGAAAUCUGGCCUUGAUGAUGGCCUCUAACCUCACUGGAUGGACUGUGGUUGGUUCCUUUAAGUUACUACGGAAUUGGAAACUAAUCAAUGAAUGUACUCAUAAUUCUGGGUCAAUUGUAGGAAUUCUGCAGUAUUUAAGCUUUAAAUAAGUGACAAUCAUUGAUUUUGAAAAGCACCACUGCGAUUUUUGUUUAAACUCACUUGACUGCCUUUGGAAGACCUUUCUGACCACCCUCGGGUGUAUUUUCGAAUACCACGUUAGAGACGUUAUUAGUACAAUACCCAGAGAAGGUUCUUAAAGAAGUGGGGGUCCCUUUGAGCCCUGUCUGCGCAGUCCAUGGGUCCCCUUGGGCUCCCCUAACUCUUGUAUUUUCAACAAGUGAGCUGGGCAUGCUCAGUGGGCUGGGUCGGUUUUGGGGGUGGGGGUGCAAGUGGGAAGCCUGCAGCUCAGCCGCCGGGGCUCGCCUCCCCCCACCUGUAAGAGGCUGGGCUGGAAGAGCCUGUGCUCAGCUUCCCAACCCCCCUGGUGCUUGGGCUUGGGCUUCCCCGCGCUGUCAUUUAGGCGGGGGGCCAGGAGGCCUGGUGUGCCUCCUGAGCGCUCGGGGGGAGUCGGGGCGAGGGCUUUGGGCUUGGCCGCGGGGUCCCAGGGGUCCGCCCGCCUGCUAGAAGCGUUUCUAGGCCCAGGGAAGCCUGCCUGCCGAGAGGUGCGGAGUAGGGGCAGCCAGAUCCGGGGGCAGGCGACGAGAAGUCCUCAGGCUAAGAAAUGGCAUUUCAGAAGGCAGUGAAAGGGACUAUUCUUGUUGGAGGAGGUGCUCUUGCAACUGUUUUAGGACUCUCUCAGUUUACCCAUUACAGAAGAAAGCAAUUGAACCUGGCCUAUGUUGAAGCAGCAGAGUGCAUUUCGGAACCUGUUAACAGGGAGCCUCCUUCCAGAGAAGCUCAGAUACUGACUUUGCAAAACACGUCUGAAUUUGAUGUCCUUGUUAUUGGAGGAGGAGCAACAGGAAGUGGCUGUGCACUGGAUGCUGUCACCAGAGGACUAAAAACAGCCCUUGUAGAAAGAGAUGAUUUCUCAUCAGGGACCAGCAGCAGAAGUACUAAAUUGAUCCAUGGUGGUGUGAGAUACCUUCAGAAGGCCAUCAUGAAGUUGGAUAUUGAGCAGUAUAGGAUGGUGAAAGAAGCCCUUCAUGAGCGUGCCAACUUACUGGAAAUUGCUCCCCAUUUAUCAGCUCCAUUGCCUAUAAUGCUUCCAAUUUACAAAUGGUGGCAGUUACCUUACUACUGGGUAGGAAUCAAGCUAUAUGAUCUGGUUGCAGGAAGUAAUUGCCUGAAAAGUAGUUAUGUCCUCAGCAAAUCAAGAGCCCUCGAACAUUUCCCAAUGCUCCAGAAGGACAAACUGGUAGGAGCAAUUGUCUACUACGAUGGACAACACAACGAUGCACGGAUGAACCUUGCCAUUGCUCUGACUGCUGCCAGGUAUGGGGCUGCCACAGCCAAUUACAUGGAGGUAGUGAGCUUGCUCAAGAAGACAGACCCCCAAACAGGGAAAGAACGCGUGAGCGGCGUGCGCUGCAAGGAUGUCCUCACAGGGCAGGAAUUUGAUGUGAGAGCCAAAUGCGUUAUCAAUGCCACGGGACCUUUCACGGACUCCGUGCGUAAAAUGGACGAUAAGAAUGCUACAGCCAUCUGCCAGCCAAGCGCUGGGGUCCAUAUCGUGAUGCCUGGUUAUUAUAGCCCAGAGAGCAUGGGACUUCUUGACCCAGCAACCAGUGAUGGGCGAGUUAUUUUCUUCUUACCUUGGCAAAAGAUGACUAUCGCUGGUACUACUGAUAGUCCAACUGAUAUUACAAACCAUCCCAUUCCUUCAGAGGAGGAUAUCAACUUCAUUUUGAAUGAAGUGCGUAAUUACCUGAGUUGUGAUGUUGAAGUGAGAAGAGGGGACGUCCUGGCAGCCUGGAGUGGUAUCCGGCCCCUGGUGACAGAUCCCAAGUCUGCAGAUACUCAGUCCAUCUCCCGAAAUCAUGUUGUAGAUGUCAGCGAGAGUGGCCUUGUCACUAUAGCAGGUGGGAAGUGGACAACGUAUCGAUCUAUGGCAGAAGAUACCGUCAAUGCUGCUGUCAAGACUCACAAUUUGAAAGCAGGACCAAGCAGAACGGUUGGGCUUUUCCUUCAAGGGGGGAAAGAUUGGAGCCCCACACUCUAUAUUAGGCUUGUCCAGGAUUACGGCCUUGAAAGCGAGGUGGCGCAACACCUUGCAGCCACCUACGGUGAUAAGGCUUUCGAGGUGGCCAAAAUGGCAAGUGUGACUGGCAAGAGGUGGCCUAUUGUUGGAGUGCGACUUGUGUCCGAAUUCCCAUAUAUUGAAGCAGAGGUGAAAUAUGGGAUUAAGGAGUAUGCCUGCACCGCAGUGGAUAUGAUUUCACGGCGCACUCGCCUGGCGUUUCUAAACGUCCAGGCCGCCGAGGAAGCCCUACCCAGGAUUGUUGAACUGAUGGGCAGAGAACUGAACUGGGAUGAUUAUAAGAAAGAGGAAGAACUUGAAACAGCCAAGAAGUUUCUGUAUUAUGAAAUGGGCUAUAAAUCUCGAUCAGAACAGCUAACGGACCGCUCUGAGAUUAGCCUGAUGCCUUCAGACAUUGAUCGGUACAAGAAGAGAUUUCAUAAGUUUGAUGCAGACCAGAAAGGCUUUAUUACUAUUGUUGAUGUUCAGCGGGUAUUAGAGAGUAUCAAUAUCCAGAUGGAUGAAAAUACACUACAUGAAAUUUUGAAUGAAGUAGAUUUAAAUAAAAAUGGACAGGUUGAACUCAAUGAAUUUUUGCAGCUAAUGAGUGCUAUUCAAAAAGGAAGAGUGUCUGGAAGCCGGCUUGCUAUACUCAUGAAAACUGCGGAAGAGAACCUUGACAAAAGAGUUACGAUUCCAGUGGACCGUAGUUGUGGAGGAUUGUGAGUCAGGGCAGUGAACGCAUAGCCAACAAACACAGGAACAACAAACCACCAUGUAACAACCAGAGAUGACUUAAACAACUCUAAAAUCGUGAAUAUGAAUAGCUGCCGUUUUUUAACACUGGAAAACAUUCCAACAAAACUUUAGGAUGUUGGUAUAUUUGCCAACCUUCUAUGCUGAUAUUUUAUUUGUAUAUGACAUUCAAUCUAGCUUCUAGAAAGUAUAUUUUAUCUUUUUUCUUAUUUUCACUACACAUUGAUUUAACAUUUUACAUCCAUUUUGUGACCCGUGAGACAUAACAUGCUCUUUUUUUAUUAUUCAUUUAUUCUAAAUCAGUUCUAAAGGCAGAAUAUUUUGGCAACAGUUGAAAAAGGAAGCUAGAGAAAUUUUGUGACAUCCAUAAAGCACUGGACAUUAACCGUAUACAUAGCAUUUGUUAAAAAGAGUGACCUAUUGAAAUGAUAGUGUUUCUGGAAACUUUUUAGCCCCUUCUUCUUCCAGCUGGUCUACCUGCCCCAUCUAACCAAUAUUCAACAAUAUUGCAUAAUUUUCUAUCUAAAGCUAUAUGACUGGCAAAUUGGAGAGAGAAGAAAAAGUUUAGAUCUGGUUUACAGGAGAAAGUCUGAAAGAGAAACUUUGAAAGCUUCCAGAAUCACAGGUAUAAGAUAAGGAUAGAAUUGACAUUUGCUGGAAGUUACAGUGAUAGUUUCAUCUCAGUGGUUCAUUUUUUUCCUCAGUCGCUGCUGAUUUUCUUUGACUGUCAUAGUUGCCAGGAGGAUCCUUGCUUUUCUUACUUUAAAACCAGCAUUUGAGUGGCAAGUUAGAUGUAAUGGGAUGAAACCAAAUUUCUCUAGUCUUUACAGUAAUAAUACAUUUAAGAAUAUCUGUUUAUAUAUUCACAUAUGAUAAUACACGUUUCAAUUCCCAAAUGCUAAAAUUUGGAGCUUGUGGUAUUGUCAAAACUGGCUUAUCACUUUUGAGGGUGGGUAUUUGCAAACAUCAGUUAAAGAGGAUACAACAGAUUUUAGUUAACUUUAAUUAUAAUUAUAUGUAAAAUAAGACAGUUCAGUAUCCUAGGUCAUCGUGGUUGCUUAAAGCCUUUCCCCUCCUGUACUCAAUGGAAAUAGUCUCAGUCAACCUCAAAUAAAAAUGAAAAAAUCGCCCUUCCCCUCUCCCACUCCCCCAAAGCAAAAAUCAAUGUGCAUUGAAUUCAAAAAGCAAUGUGUUGAAUGUAAAAAGCCAGUUUGGGAUACUUUUGCUACAUUUUGAUGGCAUUUUAACAAGUCAUUUGGCUAUUUAUUAAUUAUGCUUCCUCUUGUGAAGCUAUCUGACCAGUUACUUUUUCAUUUUUUAAGAUCAGGUUCUGUAUGUAAUGGGAAAUGUGACACUUUAUUUCACUGCAGGUUUUUAUUGCACAGAUUUGAAGUCUUUGUUUUUUAAACUUGUACAUAAAACACUUUUGUGCUAUUAUCUCUAUUUACGUCAACAUGGUAGAAUAUCUUUAUGCCUUAUUCAAGUGAGUUAUGAGCCUGUAUGUCACAAUGUAAACACUGGAGGUUCACUCCCCUAAGCCCUUACCCACCACUUCUGAAACAAACCACAGGGAAAGACAGCAUCUUAACUCAUUUUGUUUUUAAGUGAAGUUUAGAUACCUGCCGCUUCCUAAAGAAAAACCUAAAAGAGCAAGUGAAGUUCCCAGGGAUCACUGUGAACUUUUUUCUUUCAAAGUGUGAAUUUUUACACUGGCUUUUUUUUUUUUUUUUUUAACAAGUGUGACUUUACAAUUUAGUAUUUUUCUAUUGAGACAAUAAAUUCCACUGUUAGAACCCAGUGACUCUCAAUAGGUAGACCUGUCCUUUUAAGCAUCCCAGAUGAUAUACCACAAUAUUGUACAUUUGUGCUCUCUCUCUCUUUCUCUCUUCCUAGUUAGAUCAAGAUACCAGCGACUUGUAUCCUCCCUGGUUCCAUUACAGUAGGGACUGGGCUUAGAAUGUGACUGGCCCAGGCAGAUGUGUGUUUGUUAAACAGGCCUUGUGUGUGAGCGUGGCUAUGAGUGAAGUUCCUUUAAGGACAAAGAAAAAGCACACUUUUCUUCUUUUGAGCAUAUCUGCUUUUGCUUAAAAUCUGCUAAAUUCUGGCUCGGCGCCUGUGGCUCAAGCAGCUAAGACACCAGCCACAUACACCUGAGCUGGCGGGUUCGAAUCCAGCCUGGGCCUGCCAAACAACAAUGACGGCUGCAACCAAAAAAUAGCCGGGCAUUGUGGUAGGCGCCUGUAAUCCCAGCUACUUGGGAGGCAGAGGCAGGAGAAUUGCGUGAGCCCUGGAGUUGGAGGUUGCUGUGAGCUGUGAUGCAACGGCACUCUACCCAGGGCGACAGCUUGAGGCUCUGUCUCCCAAAAAAAGAAAGAAAGAAAGAAAAAAAUCUGCUAAAUUCUAAAACAUAUAGUCCUUCAGCAAUCCCAGAGGCUUCUUUGGAAAUAAAUUGGUUUUAAGCCAUUACUGUGAAUAAAACACGCCAGCAUUUUUUUUUUUUUUUUUACAAUUUCUUAAUUAAACUGGUAGAGCUUCUUUACCUGAUUUAAGAAAGGCAGGGGAAAAUAGGAAUAAGCCCCUUCAAAACUCAUUCCAAGCACAAAAGAAUUUUUUUUCUUUUUAUAUAAACUUGAUAUUAGUUGUUUCUGUUGGGGUGGGGGGGGAGUGUUCCGAAGAUUGCCUUUCAUCACCAAGUGAUUUAUUUCAAGAGCCUUAAGGGGAUUCAGGUGAAGGAACCCCCACCUCUGUGAUGGAGGGUCAGAUACUAUCUUAAAUCGCCCCCCACCAUGGUCAUAACAAUAGUGACAAUGCUGGAUUAUUUGUUAAGCCAAGGGUGUCUAUUCAUCAUGCUGUUGAUAAUAUUCUUGCCUUCAAGCAAUUUAUCCUGAGUGUAACUUUAGAAUUUCUGCUACUAAAUGCAUGCUCCCUAUUCUGCUUUGGUUUCUGCUUUUGUUCUGUCUGUUGCAGAAUAUGUAGCUUUCUCUUUAGUACAACAAAAAUUUCAUUCUUUUACUAAAUAUAUUGUUAAGAGUCACCAUUGAUCUUUCUUUUUUAUGUAUCUAUAAUGAUUUUGGUGUAUGAAUGUAAUAUUGAAGUCAAAGAUGCUAUAACUUGCACUGUUUUGCAUUAUGUCAACCUUGUUUAGGGAGUAUAAAAGCCCUACUAUGUUUUUAAAAAUAUCCAAGAUAAGCCCCGUGCUGGUGUGGAUACACACACUGCAUGUUUUCAUAUGUGACACUUUUAUGUUUUGUGUUGGGUUAUUGUUCUAGAUUGGACUGUUAAAUACUGUGUUUGAGGCUGGGUUGUCAUUUUUAUAACUGUCUUGGUGUUUUAUCGCCAUUAUUUAUUACUUUUGAUAUACAGAAUGAGCUGCAUGCAUUUAUAGAGCAAUAAGAGGAUGUAUUUAAUGUGCCUUGUUUUUAACUGAAUAAGAACUGGAAGCAUGAAUCAAUAAAACUGAUUAAAAUGGUC